AAGCGAGAAAACAGACAUGCAUCCCGCUUUUUGUUAAGCCACUGCCGCUCGAUAUCACCUGCAUCUCUUCCCUCUUCUGUCUUGUGUUCUAGUACUAUCUCUCCAUAUUUGCACCCCACCCACCCAUCAAUUGCGCAGAGGGGUUGCUCGAUAUCAUACAAAGGACUGGCUAUCCGUUCUUUCGUUACCUUCUGACCGCACUGAAUCUGAAUCAUGUCGGCUUCGACCCCUGUGGCACCACUCUACCGGUAGCAAAUUUCCAUCAUCGGCAUACCAGAGUGUCGUACUCGUUGCUAGUCUACACAGCAGCAUGGGAAAGCUCAUAAAGAACCACUUGGCCCGUCUCAUCGUCAUGACAGCAUCAAUAUAUCACAUCGCCGCCAGUCUCCACGGUUUCUUCUGGCCAAAAUUCUUCUUCGACUUCCUGACAAAGAACUUUGAUGGCGCUGUCAAACCUGUACCUAUACUACAAACCAUAAACCUCAUCUUCGGCUUCAUCAAUCUCGCCUGGGAGUGGCCAUUGGAUCUCUUCGCUGGCACAACUGUACACCGCUCAUUAGAGCUCAGGAUACUGCUACUACCACUAUCAAGUUUGACGGCUGUGUUACUGUAUCAAGGGACUAAUCCCGCACUUUAUUACCUGGUUGGAUGUGGGAUAUAUUUCUGGGCUUAUACUGAAGGCGAGGUAGUCUGUGCGAAGCCUUGGACGCUGCCUCGAAGGCCCAAUACAUAGUCAGUUCAUGAUUGUUCAAUCGUUGCAUAAAUUUUGAAACUGCUCAAAUGAGUGAAACUCUGAAUUGGUAUAAUGCCGCCUUCCUGAGAGUACGCC